GUCAUGUAAGCUCAUUUCGCCUCCACCACCAGAUCGUUUAGCUCAACCGCGAAUGUCGCUACUGGGGAAGCCUAUAAACUACAAUCGCGGCAACCGCCGUGAUGUCCGGUACAGACGACUCCAAAGUCGUGUUUAUAAUUUCCUGGAAAGACCCAGGGGUCUACCGGCGGUGCUCUAUCACGUGAUGGUAUUCCUGAUGGUCUUCACCUGUCUGGCGUUGAGCGUAUUCUCGACUAUAAAGGAAUACGAGGAGGAUGCUUUGUACAUAUUAUUUAGGAUGGAAAUUUUAGUUGUUAUUUGGUUCACAAUGGAAUUUUUCUUACGGCUGUGGUCAUCCGGUUGUCGUUCGCGAUACCAAGGAUGUGUGGGUCGUCUAAAAUUUGUAAAACGACCAUUUUGUAUUAUAGAUAUUAUUACUAUAGUUGCUUCCGUAGUUGUAUUAGGCAUGGGCACAUCGGGCCAAGUAUUUGCCACAAGUGCCCUAAGAGGAUUACGCUUUUUCCAAAUCUUGCGAAUGGUGCGCAUGGACCGACGUGGUGGCACUUGGAAACUACUGGGCAGUGUAGUAUACGCACACAGACAAGAACUUAUAACCACAAUGUACAUCGGAUUCCUAGGCCUUAUUUUUGCAUCGUUUCUGGUGUAUUUGAUGGAGAAAGAUGUCAACGACAAGUUCAAUAAUUUUGCACAAGCCCUGUGGUGGGGUGUGAUCACCUUGUGCACUGUGGGUUAUGGUGACAUGGUUCCAGAAACGUGGCAGGGCAAGCUUAUAGCAUCAUUUUGCGCUCUACUAGGCAUAUCAUUUUUCGCUUUGCCAGCGGGUAUACUGGGUAGUGGAUUUGCGUUAAAAGUCCAACAACAACAAAGACAGAAGCACAUGAUACGACGGCGCCAACCGGCUGCCUCAUUGAUACAGGCAUUGUGGCGCUGCUACGCUGCCGAUGAACACUCAUCAUCUGUGGCCACUUGGAAGAUACACCAGGUGGCGUUGCCCAGUCCACCAGCCUCUUCUGAGUAUUGGGAUAGACUGUUUAAGAGUUUAAUUGAAUCUAGGCGAGCAUCAUCUAGUUUUAAGCACAAUGCAUCGUUUGUGGCCCGUCUUCCGACCAUCAGACGACACAAGCCGCCCACAUCUACCCAAUCGCCCGGCGGAGACAGUCUCAGUGUUAAGACGGCAGUGGCCACCAAUAGAGUUUCCCGGUAUACACGUAACUUGCGCGAAUUGAAUCAAUCUGUGGAGAACCUUGAAGUGGUACAAAAUGGACGAUCGUUAAAUGCGAGUUUUAGCGAAGACUCUGUCGCUGAUACCACUUUGUUGAAAAAGAAUUCGGAUGGGUUGAGCCCUCGUUUGCUGGGACAAAAUCGCCGAAGACAUAGUUGGGUGUCACUGAGCAAUUUAGACAAUAAAACUCCUGCUGAAAGCAUUCAGCUAAGCCAAUUCAAAGGAGAGGGCCGUGAUGUCGAGAGCGCCUCGGUGGGCGACAACUGUGAUAGGGGGGAGGCAAGCCAGGCCGAUUGCAACAAUAAGAACAAAAUGAUGCUCAGCAAUGUAACUUCCAUACCGAUCGUGCUCUGUGGAUUCCUGCAGGGGGAGCUGUUCGGUUCGAAUUUCUCGCUGGGCCGCCAAAAUGCUGGAUGCAGCGCGAACGGAGAAACGACGGAACGUGCCUUAUAUGAAGAACACAAAGCCUAUAUACAGUCACAGAUUAUGGCCGAACAAAACAAUCAAAGUCACAAUGUGACACGAUUCACCUGUGAAGGAAACGAAGACGACGAACCACGCUGCACUCAGUUGACUAACAAGCACAAGACUGCCAUACGUUUUAUUAGAAAGCUAAAAUAUUUUGUGGCCCGUCGUAAGUUCAAGGAGGCUCUCAAGCCAUACGACGUCAAAGAUGUAAUGGAACAGUAUGCCGCAGGACAUGUGGAUCUACUGGGCCGAGUUAAAAAUGUUCACGCCAGGCUUGAUCAAAUAUUGGGAAAGCAAGGUUCUAAAUCAAAAGACGCUUAUGCUUCGAAGAUAAGUUUAGCUUCAAGGGUGGUCAAAGUCGAACGACAGGUCGCCGAUAUAGAAGAAAAAUUAGAUAUAUUAAUUAAAGCUUAUAUGGAGGACCGUCAAAGGUUUCAAACUCUUCCCCUCACACCUCAGGUCUCAAAACAUUCCAACAAUAAUAAUCACCUCCCUAAUAUCAUCGAAAAUAGUCAAUGUGGUACUAUAACUACAAGCAAUGAAUGGCCGAACCGGUCAGUGAGAAUGACUGAUGCUACAACAUCUACGGCUGCAUUAGCGGCAAUGGCUCUAGAACAGGCAUCAUCACCGACAUCGUCGCAGGCACAACAAGGGACCACUGAAUCAGAAUACACAAAGUCUUCCCAAAACAUUUCAUAUCCUCUGUCGGUCGACGCUCGGCCGAUAUCUGUUUACAAACAACGUGGUAGUGAUGGCUUUAUAGCCGAAAUAGAAAAUAGAUCAAAGAAGCGGGUAACAUUAAGAUCAAUAUCACAACCCUACGACAAGGUGUGUCAGGUGGAUGAAGUAUCCAUAUCAAUACCCACAACAGAGUCACAAUCACUCGGAUCUAGCCCGAGCCAACAACGGCCCGAAAGUUCAAUUAUCCUCAUUGAUGAGUACGAAGAUGUCGAAGAAGAGGACCUCAAUUGCGAGGAGGAAUUUGACCAAUACCACCCAUCGUGGGAAAUCGACAGCGAUGCCAUUGUCGACGCAGAUGCUGAUGGCGAUGGCGACGAAACCACUGAGGACACGGCCUUACUGCACCGACCAACACGUACUGCUAUUGUUAUAACACCUAUUAGCCCAGUAAACUCCGCACAUAAUCUCCAAAGUAUGGAUGACCAAAAUAAUGCUCCUACAAUCAAUAAAUCAAAUUUACUAUCGCCGGAUUCCGGAUAGCAGAUGUAAUCUAUUUUUUUAUUAUCGCUUACAAUUUAUACUCUUGUGUUCAAAAGUAACUAAAGUUAAUAAUAGAAGCGUAAAAUAAUAAAAA